CAGCUUGUUCAGUGCUUUGGAUGCAUCGCUGCUCGACGGUGCGGGCGCCUUGCUGCAGCAGCUGCCAGAGGAGCUGCGGCAACAGGCGCGCGUGGAUCUGGCGAGGCGCCUCAAUCCUGAAAUCCAGGCAUGGAUCCAGAAGUAUGAUCACGCAUUGGGAGAUACAUUGGAGCCAGAGGAAGCUGACAGCGACAGUGAUCCGGAGUGUUUGUUGUCAGAUGAUGAGACUCGGCCAAAGCGAAGACGACAAGCUCCACCACAGCCGCAAGAUGGAUAUCCUGAGCACUUGUGGCCCGCCUUGGUGCAAGGGGAGCACGGUUUCAAUGCAGAGGCGCGAAAGGUCUUGCAAGCCAUGUUGCCUGAUGGUGCUCAUGCAUGGAGCUCGCCCACACAAGGGCAAGUGAAGCUUUUGAAGCAGCAGGCAGUAGCGAGCUUGUUGGUUCACCCGAAGUCACCGGUGAGCCGAAUCCUCCUCGACCACAACACUGGCUCCGGCAAGACACUGUGUAUGCUCAGAAUCCUCGACAAUUACUAUUUCAGCUUGAAACCAAAAAUAGUAAUAGUCCCGAAGGACACGGUGAUGUGGAACCUGUAUGCCACACUUUGGCAAUUCCCAUCCCGCUGGCGGGAUUUCGCAUCCCACCAAUGUCCAAAGGCUGCGGAGUUGGCUUGUGGUGCCCUUGACUGGCGCAGCCGCCGCCACCUGCAAUGGCCUUUGAUGUCAGAGGCUUUGCGUGCUGCUGCAGCCCGCGAGGGCCUCACCUUGCAAAAGGCCAUCAAGAGCCUCUUGCUGCAGAAGAUGCGCGACUGCUUGGAGAUGAAGCGGGCUUUCUACAACGGCAGGGUGCGCAAAGCCUAUGUGGACAAGCAUCUUGGAUCUGACUUCAGAGCAAGCCAAACAAUCAGAAACGCAGACCUGCAAUCUCAACUCAAGCAAACUGGGGACCAAGGGGCAUCUUUUCUUGGCAUUGAUGUUUGUUGA